AUGUCUCCCCCUCGUCCCCACAUCGUGGUGCGCCAGCGACUGACGCUUUGUUCCCUAGCGCGGAGAACAUUUACGUCGAGCCCGGCGCGAAAAGCAGACAUCACCCUUACCGUCGACGGCAAGGAAGUUACGGUCCCCCAAGGCUCGGCUUUGAUCCAGGCAUGCGAGGCGGCCGGCGCGACCAUACCAAGAUUCUGUUACCAUGACCGACUAGCGAUUGCGGGCAACUGUCGUAUGUGCCUCGUCGAAGUGGAGCGGUCACCGAAACCUGUCGCCUCUUGCGCUAUGCCUGCCAUGCCGGGCUCGAAGGUCUGGACAAAUACCCCAUUAGUACACGAAGCACGGGAAGGCGUUAUGGAAUUCCUGCUUGCGAAUCAUCCAUUGGACUGCCCCAUCUGCGACCAAGGUGGAGAAUGUGAUUUGCAGGACCAGUCGAUGCGAUACGGCGCGGACCGCUCACGUUUCCACGAAAUCACUGGAAAGCGGGCAGUGGAGAACAAAAACCUAGGGCCUCUUGUGAAGACGUCCAUGAACCGCUGCAUCCAGUGCACGCGUUGCAUCCGGUUUGCGAACGAGGUAGCGGGAGUGGAAGAGCUGGGCUCUACCGGGCGAGGGAACGACAUGCAGAUCGGGAUGUACGUGGAAAAGACGAUGAACUCGGAGCUGUCGGGCAAUGUCGUCGACCUAUGUCCCGUUGGUGCGCUCACUAGCAAGCCGUACGCGUUCCACGCUCGUCCAUGGGAACUGAAGAACACCGAGUCCAUCGACGUUAUGGACGCCGUCGGUUCGAACAUUCGGGUGGACUCGCGUGGUGUGCAGGUGAUGAGGAUACAGCCGAGGACGAACGACGAUGUCAACGAGGAGUGGAUUAGCGACAAGACGCGUUACGCGUACGACGGCUUGCGCUUCCAGCGUCUGACGACACCUCUGAUCAAGCAGGGCGACCGUUUCGUUCCCGCGGGAUGGGAAGAUGCUCUCGCCGCCAUCGGCCAGGGUCUCGAGUCCUCUGGCGCGAAGGGCGACGAAAUCCAGGCAGUCGCCGGUCACCUAGCGGACACCGAGUCGCUCGUGGCGCUCAAGGAUCUCGUCAACCGCCUCGGCUCUGAUAACCUCGCUCUUGACCAGACCGGCGGUACUGUCGCACCCGCUCACGGUGUUGACGUGCGGUCGAACUACCUCUUCAACGCCACCAUCCCGGGUGUUGAGGCGGCCGAUGUCAUCCUUCUCGUCGGUACCAACCCACGGCACGAGGCGGCCGUCCUCAACUCGCGCAUACGGAAGAGCUGGAUACAUACCGGCCUUGAGGUUGGUUUGAUUGGCGAGCGGGCGGACACUGCAUACGGUUACGAUUACCUCGGUUCCGACGCGAAAGCCCUCGCGGACUUCAUCGCUGGUAAGGGCAAGUUCGCGGAGAAGUUCAAGAACGCGAAGAAGCCUCUUAUCAUCGUCGGCAGCGCUGUCAUCGAGAACACUGAUGGUGCAGCGGUGUAUAACGCUCUGGCCAAGUUCGUGGAGAAGAACAAGGAUCGCCUAGUGUCCCCCGAAUGGAACGGCUUCAGCGUCCUCCAGCGGGUUGCCUCGCGAGCUGCUGCUUACGACAUCGGCUUCGUUCCGUCUAAGAAGGCGUCGUCAACGACGCCCAAGUUCAUCUACCUGCUCAACGCCGAUGAAGUCGACCCCAAGUCAAUUCCUAAGGACGCUUUCGUUGUUUACCAGGGCCACCACGGCGACCUCGGCGCACAGCUGGCUGAUGUCGUUCUCCCAGCGGCUGCCUACACCGAGAAAUCGACGACCUGGGUCAACACCGAGGGUCGUGCGCAGCUAGGCCGGGCAGCCGUUCCUCCACCAGGUGCUUCCAGGGAGGACUGGAAAAUCAUCCGAGCGGUCUCCGAAGUCGUCGACGCUACACUACCAUACGACGAUGUUCUCAGCUUACGGGAUCGCAUGUGGGAAAUCUCGCCAUCACUGGUCCGAUACGAUGUUACCGAGCCCACCUCGACCUCUGUCGCCCUUGCCGGUCUAAAGACCAUCGUGGACUCAACCGCGACGGCGAAGGUCACCGGGGCGCCGUUGCGCAAGCCGAUCAGCAAUUUCUACCAGACGGAUCCCAUAUCACGAGCUUCCGUGACCAUGGCCCAGUGUACGAAGGCAUUCGUUCAUGGGGAGAACUACGGGUUCGGUGAUGUGAAGAAGGUGGAGGAGGCUGCGUUUGCAUGA